AUGUCGUCCAACCCACAGCAUGUGGUAGACACGGAGGACGCGGCGGAGCUGAAUUUAGGAGGUGAUUUUCGUAAUGAAACUUGUCUAUCAAAUGCUGAGGUGGCUGUGAUUUUGGAAAAGCAAAAAUCUGAUUAUGAGACACAGGAGAAGCAGCUCACCAAUGUGUUUCAGAAGACGUACUCGUAUGUACAACGUUUUAGUGGCACAAAGGACCCCGUAGCCAACCAAGCUUCGGUCACUGAGCUUCGCGAAGCCUUGAUGUCGCUGGCUUUUCAACGCGAGGAGGAUGGAGAGACGGUGGAAUAUCGACUUGAGGAGUUUGAGAUUGCGUGUCUGUCAAAUUUAAAUCCAGAAGAAGUGGAAGAAGCAGUAGCUUUGAUCCCUAGUCUACAAAAGCGGUUCGCUGAGGACGAAAUUGAAGAGAUCCUGGGCAUUGUGUCCCGUACUGCAGCACGAAUGUUCGGCUAG